UGGCCAGCGGGAGGUGCUCCGAGUGCUGGAUUUGAGCCAGAUGACCAGUAGGAGGUGCCGUGGCGAAUGAAAUAUGCACAGUAUGUCUUCCUGGCAACACUCCUCUCCGGUAUUGAACACUGCCUGGCUCAAAGUUGUACAGUGGAUUCUUUCUCUGUGAAAGACAACUUCGACCCAAAGAGGUAUGCAGGGAAAUGGUAUGCCCUAGCAAAGAAGGACCCAGAAGGCCUCUUCCUUCAGGAUAACAUCUCUGCUGAAUACACCAUCGAGGAGGAUGGCACAAUGAUUGCAUCUUCCAAAGGCAGAGUGAAGCUCUUUGGAUUCUGGGUGAUCUGUGCAGAUAUGGCUGCUCAGUACACAGUCCCAGACCCCACCACUCCAGCGAAGAUGUACAUGCGUUACCAAGGUCUGGCUAGCUACUUGUCCAGCGGAGGGGACAACUACUGGGUGAUUGACACCGAUUAUGACAACUAUGCCAUUACUUAUGCCUGCCGCAGCCUGAAAGAGGAUGGCACUUGUGAUGAUGGAUACUCCCUUAUCUUCUCACGCAACCCCCGUGGGCUCCCACCAGCCAUCCAGCGCAUUGUGCGUCAGAAGCAGGAAGAGAUUUGCAUGUCUGGCCAGUUCCAGCCAGUGCUGCAGACAGGUGCCUGCUAAGGAAUUACACUUGUGAUUCGAUAUCUAAGACCAGAAACUAGAUCUCUGGGUCUUGAAGUUGUCAGUCUCUUAAAAAUCAAAUAGUUUGGACCAAUGUUUUUUUCCUGAAAAACAUGUUAAAAUGUUGUUUUUUUGUAACCCGAGUGCAAUUUUCAAAGGAAUAACGUUAAUGUGAUAUGUUUUUAAAAAAACCUCUAAACAUGAAUUUUGCUAUCUACUGCCUGUCUCAUUUAACCUAGCCUCAUAUUUUAAUUUUUAAGUAACAAAGCCUGAUGGGACAAGAAGGCGGAUGUGAGAUUGAUAAAGUGUGAUCCUCUCAUUCCAAGUUAAUACAUUUACUGCUAGUAACUAUUAGUGCUGAAAUGCCCCAGUUGGGGUUGGGGUCCCAUUGUGAUGGCUGUUUCUAGUCAGACAACUGGCGUCAAACAAAUUCAAACUAAGAACACAAUAUGGGAUCACACAAGAGGCUGGCUUUCUAAAAGCUCACAAUACUGAAUCCCUGGUUCCUCUUAAGGGUUGAACAAGCUCAGCCUCAUCAAAGCCCUGUGCAGCUGCUUGAUCCAAGCUCCUGGCUACUAGUCCUAACAGUAGGUAUCAAAAUUCUUCCCACCACCGUCCUCCACCCUCCUGUCUCAUCAUCUGGGCCCAGGAGUUGCUUUUGUCUGUGCAGAGAGUCAGAGAAGUAAUGGGUAGUAGACCGUUCCUCUUAGGAAGAUGGGGGGGACCUGAAAAGGCAUUUCUCAGUCACACAAUUCCCUUUCCAUGGGACAUGACUGAUCCUCAGAUGUUAGUGGUUUUCUGUGAAGAAAGCUAAACCCACUGACUUGAUAUACCACCACGUUAUGCUGACUCAUGCAACCCUGUAGCAAGGGCAUCUUUCUGUGACUAGUAAUUACUUGGGAUAAGAUUGCAGCCAAACCAAAGUGCAUGGUAAGACACUGGCACUGCCUAGUGCUUGGCAAAUGACUGACUUUUCAGUUUGCUGGCAGUUGGGAACAAUUGGGAAAAAGCUUGGUUGCAAAUAGCAUAUAAAUUCCUGUUAAAGGCUCUUCUAGCUUGAGUGUGGAUAGUGCACCAGGAAUGUGGUGAGCUCUCCCUAAAGGGUAAGCGGUUUGUUCUCCCCAAGCCCCUAGUCUGCAUUGCCCCUGAUAUUUAGCUGUAAUAGAAGUAUGCUAGUUGAGGAUAGCACAGUCUGUUCACUGCCCUCCAAAGAGAGUCUUCCAUUGUCAGGAAGGGGAGAAAGAUUGCUAAAGCUCAUGUUUAAAGCCAUGGGCAGAACCUAAACCGGAGUAGGAAAUGCAUAGAUACUCCCGACCGGAAAACAAUUUAGAUACAUACUAGUAACCUGUAUGUAAACUACUGUUGUGUGUUCUGAAUAAACUUACGCAGUCCGCCUGGUCA